GUUGGAAACUUGGAAUGGAACCAAAACCAACCCCAACCCCACUCUCUCAUCUCUUUCUAGGGUUUUAGCAAGCAGCUUUUCCUUGGGCCUCCACUCACCCACACUCGUCUCCCCUCCCCCUUCUCGCCGGAAUCCAUCCGUCCAUGCCGCGCCGGCGAAUCUAGAUAGGGUUUCUCCCUCGCCGCCGCCGCCGCCCUCCUACUCCUCUCCCUCGCCGCCGCCGCCCGCCGUCGGAUGAAUGGACUCCACCGACUCCUCCUCCUCCCUGGCGGCCUCCUCCGGCGCCGCCUCCUCCUCCCCCUACUACGUCCACCACCGCCCCUCCCCCUCCCCCUCCACCGCCACCCAAGCCCCCGCCUUUCCCUCCCCUCCGCCGCCUGACGCCUACCCCCGCCACCACCACCCGCUUGACGUCUUCUCCUUCCCCAUGGGCCCCGACCCCCACAUUCCCCACGCCCCCAUGGGCCCCUCCCCGCCCGCCGCCGCCGACGACCUCGGCAGGAAGAAGCGCGGCCGCCCCCGCAAGUACAAGCCCGACGGCUCCGGCCCCGUCGCGCCGUCCCCCUCGCCGGCGGCCCCCUCCCCCUGCACCGCCAUCGUCCCCGUCACGCCCGGCUCCGGCGGCGGGCCCUCCUCCGAGAAGCGCCGCGGCCGGCCCCCCGGCUCCGGCAAGAUGCAGCAGCUCGCCUCCCUCGGGAAAUCUUUCCUCGGCACCGUCGGCACCGGGUUCACCCCCCAUGUCAUCAUCAUCCCAUCAGGAGAGGAUGUCGCAGCCAGGAUAAUGUCCUUCUCGCAACAGGGCCCAAGGGCGGUCUGCAUCAUGUCAGCAUCAGGGGCUGUCUCCACAGCAACCCUUCAUCAGGAUGCAGGUUCUGGCAGUGUAGUUAAAUAUGAGGGUCGAUUCGAAAUCCUGUGCCUCUCUGGAUCAUACCUGGUGAUAGAUGACGGUGUUACACGCACACGAAACGGAGGGCUAUGCAUAGCGCUGUGUGGCGCUGAUCACAGGGUGAUUGGAGGAAGCGUUGGUGGAGUCCUGACAGCAGCCGGGACAGUUCAGGUGAUUGUGGGGAGCUUCAUGUACGCGGGGUCGAAGAAGAGCAGGAAGGGCAAGGCCGGGCAGGAGUCUGCUGCAGCGGAGGAAGAACAGACCGGCGAUGCCAAUGGGGGCAGUGGCGGAGACAGAGUCGGAGUUGGAGGCGAGGCGGAGGAAGAGGGCCCUUCGCCGCUGAUGCCGAUGCCCCGCGGAGAGGAGGAGCUGCCGUCGGACGCGAUGAUGAGCGGGUGGACGGGCAUGAUGCGGCAGAUGGAGUCGCGGUCCUGCGGCAUCGACAUCAACUCGAUCCGGGAGUGAAUGAUGUAGACUGUUUAGUUUGGUACGGCGGAAGUUGAGCCUAGGCUAGCUUAGCUAGUGGAUGAUGGAUGGAUGAUUCUAGGGUUUGGUUUGGUUGGUUGCAUGUCUCUCCUGCGUGAGUUUAAAAAGAAGUCUAGUUAGUAUAAUUAAUGUCGUCGAGUAUGAUCAAUUUAACCGAAGAUGUUGGCUCUGGCCUGGCGGAUCGUUGAUAGAAAUAGUGGAUUCGGUUGUUGGUUGA